CCGUGGCAAGAAAGUGUAAAGAUUCCGUCGGAACGGAUGGCGAUCGUCGACGUGGUCGUGGUCGGUGGCGGCGUCGUGGGCACCGCCAUCUUCCGCGAGCUUUGCCUUGGCGGGUACGACGUCGUUUUGCUCGAGAAGAAUGCGUUCUUGGCGCAAGGCGCGAGCAGCGGCAACUCGGGCAUCGCGUGCACGGGCUACGACGCGCCGGUCGGUUCGAUCGAGCAAGCGUGCAUUCGGCGAGGCAUCCAGCGCAAUGCGACGGUCCACGCAGAGCUCGGUCUGCCGUCCAACCCCUGUGGCAGCCUCGUGGUGGCAUGGACGCCCGACGAGCUCGCCAAGCUGCCGGCCAUCGUCGCCCUCAACCACGACCUCGGUGACGCCGACGUGACGAUCCUCGACGCCGACGCCUUGUACGCGAUCGAGCCCGACUUGGCCGCCGGCGCACUGGGCGCCGUCUUGGUCCCGGGCGAGGUUGUCGUCGAGCCAUGGCUCAUCCCGAUCGCGUACGCUUUGCACGGUCUCGUCAACGGCGGCCAGAUCCGCACGGGCCACUGCGUUGCGUCGGGCGCCUUCUCGCCGUCGACCCUCACGUGGACGCUUCGUUGCACCAACGGCGUGACAGUCGACGCGCGCUGCGUCAUCAACUGCGCCGGCAACUAUGGCGACGUCGUCGAGGCCAUCCACACGCCCCACGCCUUGCCCUUUUCCAUUCGUCCACGGAAAGGCCAGUUUGUGGUGUUUGGCGGCCCGAGACCCCCGAAACUCCAGCACGUGCUCCAGCCCGUCCCGACGCACCGCACCAAAGGUGUCUUUGUCUUCCAAACAGUCUACAACCAAAUCGUGGUGGGACCGACGGCCGAGGAGCAAGAGGGCCGCGAGCACCCAACGACGGACCCGGUCGUGCUCGGUCGUCUCGCCGCCUUUGGGAAGCGCGUGUUGCCGGGCUUGGCAGCGACACCAAUCGUCGGGUCGUACGCCGGGCUGCGACCGGCGACGCAGCACCGCGACUACCAGCUGUCGCUGCACGUGACGAAGCGCUGGAUCACGGUCGCGGGCGUUCGAUCCACGGGCGUCACGGCGUCGUUAGGUAUCGCCGAGCGCGUUGCCUGCGACUUUGUACCGCAGCUGCCUGGCUUGGCACCGCGCCCGCUGUCGGCGCCAGUAGGCUUUCGCCUUCCGCCGAUCGCAGUCCUCGCCGCGGCCAUGCACCCGAGUGACUAUACGCUCGAGCUACACGGAAUGACGUGGCGAGUCGACCAUGCGAUCACCCGCUUUGGCUGGCAAGCGCUGAGAACCGACAAGGCCGCGGCUCGCCUCUAA